GAGCGCGGCAGGGGCGGGGCCGCGGCGACAGCGGCGGCACGGGGUGAAAUUUCUGGAAGGUGCGGCCGGAGCGGGGCCGGGAUCCGGAUCGGGAUCAGGGUCGGGCCGUGGGCGGCGGACAGUGACGGCCCCCAGCGCCGCCGCCAUGAAUCACAAGAGCAAGAAACGGAUCCGUGAGGCGAAGCGCAGCGCCCGGCCCGAGCUGAAGGACUCGCUGGACUGGACCCGUCACAACUACUGCGAGACCUUCCCCCUCAGCCCCACCGCGUGCAAGGAUAACGUGGAGAGGGCAGAUGCACUCCAGUUGACAGUGGAGGAGUUUGUUGAGCGGUAUGAAAAGCCUUACAAGCCCGUGGUGUUGCUGAACGCUCAGGUGGGCUGGUCUGCCCAGGAGAAGUGGACGCUGGAGCGGCUGAAACGCAAGUACAGGAACCAGAAGUUCAAGUGCGGGGAGGACAAUGACGGUUACUCUGUGAAGAUGAAGAUGAAAUAUUACAUAGAGUACAUGGAAACCACACGUGAUGACAGCCCCCUCUACAUCUUUGACAGCAGCUAUGGAGAGCACCCCAAGCGAAGGAAGCUCCUGGAAGACUACAAGGUCCCCAAAUUCUUCACUGAUGAUCUCUUUCAGUAUGCAGGGGAGAAACGGAGGCCACCCUACAGAUGGUUUGUGAUGGGCCCACCUCGUUCUGGAACAGGAAUUCACAUUGAUCCCUUGGGAACCAGUGCAUGGAAUGCCUUAGUGCAGGGACAUAAGCGUUGGUGCCUGUUCCCAACCAGCACUCCCAGAGAGCUGAUCAAAGUGACACGGGAAGAGGGAGGGAACCAGCAGGACGAGGCCAUCACCUGGUUCAAUGUCAUCUAUCCUCGGACACAGCUUCCCACCUGGCCCCCCGAGUUCAAACCCCUGGAAGUCUUACAGAAACCAGGAGAGACAGUCUUUGUGCCAGGUGGCUGGUGGCAUGUAGUCCUCAAUCUUGACACGACUAUUGCCAUCACACAAAACUUUGCCAGCUGUACCAACUUCCCUGUGGUGUGGCACAAGACAGUAAGAGGGAGACCUAAACUGUCACGGAAAUGGUACAGGAUCCUAAAGCAGGAGCAUCCUGAAUUGGCAGCCUUGGCUGAUUCAGUUGACCUGCAGGAAUCUACUGGUAUUGCUUCUGACAGUUCUAGUGAUUCUUCCAGUUCAUCAAGUUCCAGCUCCUCAGACUCUGAUUCAGAGUGUGACUCUGGCUCCGAGACAGAGGGGAUGAUGCACCGCAGGAAGAAGCGGAGGACGUGCGGGAUGAUGGGCAACGGGGACACGACUUCCCAGGACGACUGCGUGAGCAAAGAGCGCAGCUCCUCCAGGAUUAGGGAAUCUUGUGGAGGCCGCAGCUACCCCUGAGGGAUAGCACCACCUGCCCAGAGGCAGCUGCAGAUUGAAGCUCCAUUAGCAGCCAGCCAGCUCUGUUCUACCCCUCCUGCUUCCAUCUCACACUCCUUAGUUUGUGUCACUCUUCCUCGAUCAGCCAUCUUCGUUCCGUGCUGUCCAAGGUUGGCUCCUGAGUAAGCUGUAGGGGAAUGCCCUGACUGUGCCCUCUGUGCAAUGCUUUGUCCCCUCUGCCCCCGGGUGAGUGCACUAGAACCCAGCUGUGGGGAAGGACAUGCCAAGUGUUGAAUGGGUCAUGGAACUGGCAAGGAAGACAACGGUCAGUUUUUAAAGAGCUCUUUUUAAAACCAGCAGGUAAAUGUAAGAACCUGCCUUGCUUUGACACUGUCGUAUGUUUACAUGUUGUCCUGUACACUUGAGGAAAGGAACACCAGCUCUUUUGGCCUAUCAGAACAUCUGGUGGAUAUCACACCAGAAUUUUGGGAAGAACAAGGAAGAAAUGAGUUUCUGCAAGAGCUGAGCUGUGGAAAAUGAGUCCUUGGGUCUUACCCUGCUGCAGAAGAGCAUUGCUGUCAGGGCUGGCUCUUCCACGUGUGUGUCUCAUAAAAUCCUGGAGUAUGGGCACUUGGAAAGAAUCCAUCAGGAUCAUCGAGUUAACUCCUGGCCCUGCACAUAAACCAAGAACCCCACCCUGUGUCCAAGGGCAUUGUCCAAACACUUCAAGAACUCAGACAGGCUCAGUGCUGUGACUGUGGGGAGGCUGUUCCAGUGCCCAGCAACUCUCUGGGUGAAAAAUGUGUUUGUGAUAUCCAGCCUAAACCUGGUGUCACUCAGCUCCAGCCAUUUCCUUGAGUCUUGUCACUGGUCACAAGAAUGAAGAGAUUGGAACCUUACCCUCUGCUGUCCCUCAUGAGGAUGCUGAAGACCUGAAUGAGGCCUGACUUCAGUCUCCUCCAGGCUGAGCAGACCAAGUGACCUCAGCCACUCCUCAUAUGGCUUCUCAAGACCCUUCACCAUCCUCAUGGCCUCCUUUGAGUGCUCUACAAUGGCUUCAUGUCUGUUAGAUGUUGUGGUUCCCAAAACUGUCCCCAGCACUGAAGGUGAGGCUGCCCCAGUGCAGAGCAGGACAGUCCCCUCCCUUUCCUGGCUGGCAAUGCUGGGCCUGAUGCCCCCAGGACACAGUUUGCCCUCUGGGCUCCAGGGCACUUCUGACUCAGAUCCAGCUUGCCACCAACCAGGACCCCCAGGUCCCUUUCCACAGCUCUGCUCUCCAGCCUCUGGUUCCCCAGUCUGUCCACACAACAGGAGUGCCUGGAUCCCAGUGCAGAAUCCAGCCCUUGUUAAACUCCACACGGUUGGUGAUUGCCCAUCUCUCUAAUUUGUUGAGGCCUCUCUACCCUCAAGGGAGUUGACAGCUCCUCCCAAUUUAGUGUUGUUGGCAAACUUAAUAUUCCUUCCACUCCUACAUCCAAGUCAUUAGGAUGUUGAAGAGCACAGGGAUGAGGAUGGAGCCCUGCAGAAGCCCACUAGUGAGCAGUGCCAGCCUGGUGUCACCCCAGUCACUGUCACCCUUUGUGUCCAACCUGUGAGCCAGUUGCUAACACAGUUACCCAGCUGUGGGCUGGACAGUUUGUCGAAGUCACUGGGAGAGACAAUAUCCACAGUUUUGCUGAAGUCCAAAAGGUGACAUCCACUGGCUGUCCUAGAUCAACCAGGUGGGUCACCUUGUCACAGAAGGAGAUCAGAUUCAACAAGCAGGAAUUUCCCUUCAUGAAGCUGUACUGGCUGUGACUGAUGCCUGCAUUGUUCUCCAGGUGUUUUUCAGUACUGUGCAGAAUCAUCUCUUCCAUGAUGUGGCCGGGCACUGAAGUGAGACUGACAGGCCUGUGGUUUCCAGGGUCCUCCUUGUUCUUGAAGACUGGGACAUUUGCCAGCUUCCAGUCAGCUGGAACCCCUCUGGAUUCCCAAGACUGCUCAAAAAUCAUUAAGAGGUUUUGUGAUGACAACAGCAGCAUCUUGAGGAUUCUCUGAUGAAUCCCAUGAGGCCCCAUGGAUUUAUAGGAUCCAUCUGGAGCAGCAGAUCCUGCUGCUUUGGGGUUGAGAACAUUCUCACAGUCACAGUCUUCAAGCUCAAGGCACUGAGCCCCCCUUGGUCCAUCAUCUGUUCUGAAGACACAGGCAGAGAAACAUUAAACACCUCUGCCAUGUCCAUGUAUGUCCCUGUUUGUGAGGUGACCAUCCUCAUCCUGGAAUGGGCCAGUGUUAUUUCUAAUUUGCCUUUUGCCAUUAAUAUAUUUGAAAAAACUCUUUUUUAUUUCCCCCACAGUUCUGGCCAGCUUUGUCUUCAGUUGAGCUUUGGCCACAUGAAUUUUCUCCCUACAGUGGCAGCAGCAUUUCUGUAUUCUUCCCAUGUCACCUGAUCUUGCUUCUACUGGGCAAACACCUUCCUUCUUCAUCUUAUUUCCAAGAGAAGAUCCCUGUUCAGCCAAGGAAAGGAAGGUGGUGGAAAUGCCCCAAGCACUGAGGCAACUUCAGCAGAGGUGACCACCAACCUGAAGCAUCUUUUGUGGUCUGAUUCUGCAUGCUCCAUUCACACACCUGGGGUGCAACACCUGAACCAGCAGCAGUCCUUCUGCUUCCACUCUGUGUCUGUCACAGUGACAGGUAACAAAGCUGCACUAGCACCUUGUGAUGGGAAGCUCGAUGGAGCAGGAGAAUCCUGGAGUUUCUUGCACAGCAAAAACUGUGGUGGCAAAAAAGUCAGCAUUUGCCAGUAAUUCCAAUCCUUCAGGUGCAAGUGUGAUGUUUAGCACAAGGCAACUGCUGACAAAGUCUGACUCUGUCAAGAUCACAUUUGCUGGGCUUGAAACACCAAACAGUUCUGGGGCUGUGGGCUUGCUGAGCCCAGUGCAGUUCACAUCCCUAAAUGACUUUUCUUUGAGAUUAUGUGUUCAGACCUUUCUGAAAGUUGCAGUGCCAAUUUUAAAGGAUUGAGGAGGGGAACAUGUUGUUGUUUUAUGCUUUUUAAAAAUGCAGUGUGUUGCUUAAGUCUGUGUAAAUGCAUUUGUAUUAUGCCAGGUAAAGCUCUUGUCCCCAAGGGAUCUUUUGGAGCUGCUGGUUUGUUGUAUUAGCAGGGGCUUGUGCUGGUGGUGUCUCUGUGUGGCUGAAGGUGCUGCCAGGAAAUCAGAAUUUCCCAUGGGCUGCUUCAGUGGCUGCUCUUCUGAGCCCUAGGAGCUGGGUGUAGAACUCACUUCAGCCAUUCUUUGGGAGAGAAAACUACAGAAAUAAACACACAGCAACACCCAGGCACUGAUGAAAGAGCAAAUUAAAGAGAGAUUAAAGCCUCAACUGUGACUUUCUUAAACGUGUUGGGUUUGGUGGAACCUGCAGUGUUGCUUUUCUGGGUUCUCUGGUCCAUUUUUAAUGUUAUCUAGUCCUUAUUUAAACACUCCUGGGCCAUAUCCUUUUGUACAAAGGAAUCUUAAAUAUGUUUGUCGGGAUCUCUGUUUUUGACUCUUUUGUGCCAGUUUGUGUAAGAGCAGUGUGGUGGUGGGGAAAUGGAGAGAGGGAAGGUUUAUUGAUAUGUUCUUUAGCUGUCCAGACUCCCAAAUUUUCUGUGAUAGCCAGGCAUAAGCAAGCUCACUUGCUCUGUAGCCAUUGCAGAUUCUUCCACAAGAUUGUUUAAAUCUCCAGCUUCUCCAACUGCUGUCAUUUCUGGCCAAGGCUGAACAGCCUGGAAGCCUGCACAGUCUGUGUGUGUCCUGUCAGAGAAGGCUGCAGCUGCUGCCUUUUGGAAGAAUGUGGGGCCUGGAGAGACAAAGGCUCACAAGACUCAGCUCUGUCACAGUGAGGGGAGUCCUUUGAGAGCUGUCCCUGCCCUCUCUGGUGUCUGGGCAGCACCUCAGUGAGAUGCAGCUGCAUUUAGCACAUGUGGUUCAGUUUGCACAGUCUUCAAAUCUAAUGUGAAAGCCUGAUUGCUGUGCUGGGAAAGCCACACCUCUGCCUCUAGAAGCACAGUGGGAAGAUCCAGUUCUUCCACGCCUGUGAACUCUUCCAUGGUGGGAAAUAAAGCAAUUCCAGUGAAAUCUGUGUUGGUGUGACAUCUCUCACAGAAAAGCAGCGUUUACAGUGGACUGCAGACAUCAUGAUACCAGCAACCCUCUCCUGACUGCUCCACAGGGCACUCUGCUGUGAAACAGUGUCUGUGCAGGCUGCCUGGGGAUCAGGACUCCAUGGUCUCCAGUUCUUCCACUUCUGGCUUCUGCCUCAGCCACUUUGAUGAGUCUUUGAGCAGUGAGAAAAAUCCCUACCUCGAAGGGCUGUUGUGAGGCUGAACUGUAAUUGCUGUGCAAGAUGCUUUGAAGCCAUCCACCCAAAAAAGCUGUUCAUUCAUCCUGAGCAACCUGAGACUUCUGAGCCUGGUGGCAGCUUUUUGUAGCAGAAAACAUUGGGGAUGUUGUUCAACACUCUUGGCCACGUGGUGUUCAGUGGUGGCCCUUCCAGAACUGCAGUGUGGUACAUAAAUUGUAGCAGAACAACACUUUGUUUUCACCAGGGUUGAACUGUUGCUGGCCUGCUCUAAACAGGAGGUGCUGCUGAAGCAGGAUCUGUUUUUAAAUAGGACUAGAUGCAAUUUUCCCAUCAGGGAGUCAGCUUCACUGGCCUUACAGGAAUGGGGGGAGCUGGUGCUUCCCAGGCCCUCAUUUCAGGCUGAGUGAGUGAGGAACAGUUGAAAACAUCCUUUGUGGGAAGCUGGCUGGGGAGAGUGGGCUCUGCUCUCAUUUCUCCAGGCUUGUGCUUCUUGGUGCAUCCUUGUCUCUUGUUCCAGCCCUGCUGCUUUUGUAUUUAGAGGCCCUGGAUGCAGCUGGUCCAGCACCCUGUGGGCCCCUCGUUUCCUUGAGCCCCAGAGCAGCAGCACAGCUUUGCCUCACCUCUCUGGGGCUGUGGGGGCUGGCUGUCAUUGUCACAGUCCUGCCUGCUCUGGGAAAGGUGAUGGGAUUUGGGAGCUCUGGCAGUGAGAGUUGAGGAGGAAACAACCCAACACUCUAUCAGAACCACAAAUGUGGGCAAGAGGCACCAGUCCCAGCACCUGUUCUCUGCACAAGUGCUUGGAGCCUCUGGCAGACUUCCUCCCCUUCCAGCUCGUGUGUGCUAGUCCAGUUUGUCUUCUCAGUUACAUCAAACCUCUCCAGAUGCUCCAAGGAACAGCAGCACCCUCUUUCAUGGUUAAACUCCACUCCUCCCUGAGGCCCAGCCAUUGUGGGCUGGGAAGCAGGACUGUUGGCUGAAUCCAGUCUGAAAUGCCUGUGUGGGCACAUUGGAACUGGAGGAUUUUGGCAUCCCCCUUGCAGAGGGGGGAAGGAAAUGUUACCCAUUCAUGGGACAGUCCCACUGUCAGCUCCAAGCCCUGCCACUGCCCUUAGCUGCUUUUAUCACCCAUCCAGCAGAGCUGGGAUACUUGUCUUGUUCGGAUGAUUGUGGUUUUGCUUUUUAUUUUAAAUAAAAUCAAUUAUUUUGCAUUA